AUGGACGUUCCAGAACCAGGGCUCAUCUGCAAGGGAAUCUCGUUGGUGAUGGACACCAGUAUCAUCCUCAGGGGCAGGGCUGCGAAGUUGCUGAAUCAAGAGAUUCAAGGCUUGGGUAUAGUAUUUGGUGGCGACCGGCACCCAGAUUUCUCCGGAGGCCACGAGGCCCAGCUGUCUUGCCGUGAAGGCACAGACGCAGGUAAGAAGCAGCUCUGA